AUGGCAACAAAUACAACAAGUGUAUAUCUAGAUUUUAUAACGCGUGAACUUAAUCGUUAUAUUCCACUUCCAGCUCUUAUACUUGGAACUAUUGGUAAUCUUUUAAAUAUUAUGGUAUUCUCUCGUUCAUCAGUACGAAAAAAUCCAUGUUCACUUUAUUUUAUUAGUGGUAGUAUUGCAAAUUUUCUUUCUUUAUACAUUGGUUUAAUAACACCAUUUCUUGCCUUAUAUAAUCUUGAUUUUACACAACAAAUUAAUAUUUUAUGUAAAAUACGAUUUUAUCUUCGUUUUAAUACUAUAACACUUUCAACAUGGUAUAUUUUAUUUGCAAGUAUUGAUCGAUUUUUAUCCACUUCUAUGAAUGUUCGUUAUCGAUCAUGGAGUUCUAUACAUAUUGCUAAACGUAUUAUUACUUUAGCUAGUAUUAUUUGUUUUAUUUUUCUAUAUACACAAGUAUUUUAUUGUUAUUCAAUUAAUCAAAAAAAUGUUUGUACAUAUUCAACUAAUCUAUGUAAAUUAAGUGUUGAUAUUGUUUUACUUAUAUGUAAUUCUGGUAUUCCACCUAUAUUAAUGAUUUUAAUAAGUAUUUUAACAAUUAAAAAUGUUAAACAUUCAAAUCAAAUUAAUUCUCAUCAACGUCGUCGUGAUAGACAAAUAACACGAAUAUUAUUUAUACAAGUGAUUAUUUUAGUUUUAUGUGCAACACCAAUUACUGCACAAAAACUUUAUAGUUAUGCAACAAUGUUUAUAAUAAAAGAUCAGCUAAGAACAUCGAUUGAUAAUCUUAUUAGUCAAAUAACUACAGAAAUUUCAUAUAUUAAUAAUAGUGCAACAUUCUAUAUUUAUUCAUUGACCAGUAAAAAAUUUCGAACAGAAGUUCGUCGUGUUUUUUCUUCAUUAUUUACUGGUCAGAUUUGUAAAACAAAUACUGUACAACCAAUACCAAUAAAAAUGAAUUCAAAUGCUAACAGAAUUACUGUUUACAAUGAUUAUCAAUGCAAACCGUUGAGAACUUAA